UAUACUUUUCCACAUGUGCUUUCUUGUUCAAUUAUAUCAUCACUACAAUUGUUAUUGCUCUUUUAAGUGUGAAAAGGGCAACACAAAGCUCACAAUGACUCUACAAACCUACCACUGACCGCUACCAUGAAGGAGUUCAUUACCAUGAGCAGGUGUAGACUUCUUGGUCUGCAGUAAUGUUUGGGUAGGUGAUGUGACUCAAGUGACAUCUACAUUAAUGCCCCAAAGUUUCUUAGCACAUAAUUGCAUUGUAACAAUAAUCAAAACACAAUAAUCUAACAACCAGUGCUCUCCACUUAUCCUGUCAUUGGUUUUAAUUAUGUAGUUGAUCACUGUGUAUCUGCUCUUUAAAUCAAUUCUUUAAUAACUAAUCUUUUUAAAAUGCAAGAACAUUUUACUGCUUUCACUAUGUAUUUUCAAAGUGGAACUAAAUCCAUUUUUCUCUAUGACAAAAUCCAGCUAAUACUAAUGUAACAGGGUCUAGCUGGGAGAGGGGGCAGGGCUUCAGCUCACUUCUCGUUUAUUUGUGGUCAUGGCACUUUUUGUAUUUUGCUCGAGCGCAGUCACUUCCUCGUUGGUGAAGUCCUGACCAAACUUGAAACCAGAAUUUCACCAUUGUGGCACAUGUAAAGUUUCUGUGCUAGAGUGAUGGAAUACUUUUCUCCACAGUACUGCAGUUCGACUUCAUGAUUUAAGAUGAAGAAUUAACAUAUUUUCAAAUAGAUUUUUCCCAUAAUGAUGAGAAAGCCUAUGGAUUAAAAAAUUCCUGAUUUCUCUUCACACGAUAACUAUUCUUGGAACUUUUCCUUCGCAGAGUAGAAACAUUUCUCAGAAGAACAGUAACAGAGUGUCAGUGCUGGAUGUGGAGAUGGGGCACACUUCGCUGUGUGUGCUGGGGCUUUUCUUGCUAAAUUUACUCCUCCACUGUGGACAUGCUCAAGAUGCUGUGCUGACCAUUGAGCCAAACUGGUCUACUUUCUUUACUGGAGAAUCUCUUACCUUCAUGUGUGACGUGAGGGUAGGAGAAGACACAGACUGGUUUUACACAAUCAAGAGGAAUAGUCAAGAAUUUCUCCUCUACAGCCUAGAUAAGAGGUAUACAUUACUAUCUCCAACUACAGGCUACAGUGGUGAAUACCAGUGCUUUGGUGAUCAGAAGCGCUCACCAAACCGUAAAAUAGAAAGUAAUAAAGUCUCUCUUAGUAUAUCAGAAAAAGAUGUUAUCCUGGAAAGUCCUGCAUCCAAUCUGUUUGAAGGAGAAUCAGUGACUCUGCGCUGUAGGCAUCGUGAUCAGACAAAGGAGAAGGAGGCUACCUUCUACAAAGCCGGAUCCCCUCUUGAAACAGACAAAAAACACCCGUCACUGCUAAAAUCAAAAAACACAGUUCAAAUAAUGUCAGAUGGGAGCUCCUACAUGUGUAAAUAUGAGGACGAAGAAUCUGAACCAAUACAACUGAAAAUGGAACCACGACCAAAGGCCAAUCUGAGAAAAAACGUUUUAGCAGGUGGCAGAGUGGCCCUGACCUGCUCUCUGAGCACAUCAUCUUCAUCUGGUUGGAAAUACUUCUGGUACAGAGGCAACACCGCAUCUGAACCCCUCACCGCACAAGAUGCUGUCUUCCUAACAAAUGAAACAAUCAGUGUCCCACAGGGAGGACUCUACUGGUGCAGAGGAGGAAGAGGAGAGCCAGUUUACUACACAGAGUACAGCGAUUCAGUCGUCACUAACAGGGCUGUCGUUACUCUACGACCCAAAUGGCCUGAGAUAUUCUACCUAGAGACGAUCACUCUGACAUGUGAAAUUGAGGAUGGAGGAGAUGCUGAAUGGGAGUAUGAAUGGACGACAUUUAAUUCAUACAUACCUGAACAAAAGGAAUACACGACAAAGACUUUGGCAAAUGGAAAGUACUGGUGUAAAGGCAGACUGAAAGGACAGAAGGCUUCAACAGAGUGGAGUAAUGUUUUCGAAUUUAGAGCAUCUGACAUUCCUCGACCUGUCCUCACUGUGUCUCCAUCAUGGCUGAGUCCUGGAGCCUCAGUAACUCUGAACUGCAGCGUUAAAGAUCCAACUGCAGGAUGGAGUUUCUUCUGGUAUAAGGCUGUUCCCAGACUGUCAGACUCAGACAGGUUCUUCUUUGAACUGCUACCUGAUAGCAGCAAUGGGACUAAACAGUAUUCCUACAUCAUCUAUGGACAGACACACACAGGAGGAUAUGCGUGCAGAGCUGGAAGAGGAGAUCCAGUAUACUACACUCUUUACAGUGAACCAAAGUUUGUCUGGUGUGGAGAUUGCCAUUCAGAAGUGUCUCUCACAGUGAGCCCUGACAGAGUUCAACACUUUAGAGAAGUGCCGAUUUCACUAAGCUGUGAGGGGAACUCUACUCAGUGGAGAGUGAGCAGAUUUUCUGAGUCCGGCUAUCUGACCGACUGUUCUUCGUGGGGGACAAUGACUGGAUCCACAUGCAACAUGAACCUUUACUGGCUUAGUGGAACCUACUGGUGUGAGUCUAAAACAGGACAGUUCAGCAAUGCAGUCAACAUCACCGUGCAGUAUGGCGAUAUUAUCCUGGUGAGCCCGGCCCAUCCUGUGACUGAGGGAGAUUCUGUCACUCUUUGCUGCAAGUUUAGGACGCAAGAUGUUCUUUAUGAUGUGGAUUUCUAUAAAAAUAACAUACUCAUUCAAAAUGUUACUGGAGAGAAGCUGACCAUCUCCCCAGUGUCAACGUCAGAUGAAGGCUUGUAUAAAUGUACAGGAAAAAAAUCAACACGAGAUCGGCAGAUUUGGAUGUCAGAAGAGAGUUGGAUGUCAGUAAAAUCGUCUGGGCUGAAACAAAGCUCUUUAUUUUCCAUACCGUUGAUUGUUGGGGCGGUUUCUGGAGUUUUACUGUUUAUUCUCCUGCUGCUGUUUCUGUAUUGCUACAGAACAUUAAAAGGUUCAUGCUUUACCAGGUCUCAGGGCACCAAUCAGGGCCCUGCUACAGAACACAUGAUCAACCAGGACGAAACUCAACCCAAAGAAUAUGCUUCUCAUCUUUAUGGAGAUGUUGCUCUUUAUGAAUCAAUCAAAGGAUCUGAAGAACCUGUAUAUGAUGAAACCAAGGAUGCCACAUAUUCUACUGUAGAGCUUAAGACCAUCGCUGAGAAGGGGAGGGAAAAAGAGCCAGAAGAGAGUGCUGUUUACUCAGAUGUAGAUGCAGAUGACAAUCUGAUGUAUGCCCAGGUACUCUCCCAAGCUAAACCCAAGAAAGACAAAGGAAAAACAAGUCCUGAAGCAUCGGAUGAAACUGUUUAUUCUGAGGUCAAACCAGGAAGAGCUCUUGGUAAUAACACAGCAAUUUCAGCGCUGGAAGUGAGGAUGGGGCUCGCUUUGUUGUGCGUGCUGUCGUUAUUCUUGCUGAAUACUCUCCUCGACUGUGGACACGCUGAAGAUGCUGAGCUGACCAUUGAACCCAACUCGUCUUAUUUAUUUACCGGAGAGUAUGUCACCUUUACAUGUGACAUGAAGAUACAAAGACACACUGACUGGCUUUACACAUUCAACUGGAACGAUCAACAAAUUGUCUCCUUUAGUGCAAACAACUGGCACUCACUUAACCUCACGGCUGACUUGAGUGGAAAUUAUCACUGCAUUGGUCAUCACAAGGGCUCACCAGAUUUGACCAAACGGAGCAAUAACGUCACUCUAUUGGUAGAAGCACAAAGACCCACGGCCUCUCUGAGAGCAAGCAGGACUGCUAUACCAAAAGGUGGCAGUCUGACACUGACCUGUUCUGUGAUGGGCUCCACAGGCUGGAAAUAUAAAUGGUUCAGACGUAUCUCAGAUUCAACCGAAGCAAUAAUCAUUAAAGAUGAUGUAGAAAAAAUCAAUAUCUUACAAAGUGGAAUCUACCGGUGUCAGGGAGGAAGAGGAAAGCCAGUUUUUCUCACGGAGUACAGCAAUGAGUUUCGCGCUGAGAUAUCUUUGCCCAGCAGAGUCUCUGUGACCCUGCAACACAGUUGGACUGAGAUAUACAGCGGUGAGACGAUAACUGUCAUAUGCAAAAUCAAGACAGGAGGAGACACAGAGUGGGAGUACGAAUGGAGAACAACAAGCUCAAACGCACCUCCAACACACCGUGAAUACAGGAUUAGCAGCGUUUCUGUUUUCCACCGUGGACUCUACUGGUGUAAAGGUAGAAGGGACCCGUACUCCUCGACAGAGUGGAGUGGUCCCCUCCGACUGACGGUAUCAGCACACAAACCAAAGCCCAUGGUUAGCACAGACAGGAGAACUAUACCAGAUGGGAGCAACCAAACACUGACCUGCUCUGUUGAUGCGUCCACUGGGUGGAAACACUACUGGUUCAGACGUGCCUCCGUCUUUUCUGAGAGUCAGAUCAUUCGAUAUGGUGAACCAGAUAGUGUAAUCAGUAUCUCACAAGGUGGCAUCUACCACUGCAGAGGAGGGAGAGGAAACCCAGUUUUCUUCACAGAGGACAGUGACCCAGUGAUCAUUGAGAAAAGAGUUUCCAACAAGGCAGUUGUGUCGCUGCAACCCAACUGGCCUUUGAUAUUCAGUGGUGAAACCAUCACUGUUAGAUGUGAUAUUUCUGGAAGCAGAGACACUGCGUGGGAGUAUGGAUGGAGCAAACCCAACUUAAACACAGUUCCAACACACAAUGAAUACACAAUCAGCAGCGCUGCUGUGUCCAACAGUGGAAACUACAGGUGCAUGGGUAAACAAAAACAAGAUUUGUAUUCCUCAACAGAGUGGAGCAAUGUCAUCACCUUGACAGUUUCAUCACACAAACCAAAGGCUAUCCUGAGUGCUGACAGCAGAGCCUUUCCAGCAGGGGGCAGUGUGACCUUGACCUGCUCUGUGAACUCAUCCUCGUCCGGUUGGCGGUACUACUGGUUCGAAGGAGAGACAUCCUCUGAAUACCUAACAAGACAAGAUGGUGUAGUCAUCUCAAAUGAACAAAUCCGUGUCUCACAGGAAGGACUGUACAGGUGCAUAGGAGGAAGAGGAUCGCCAUAUUACUACACAGAGUACAGUGAUUCAGUCAGUAUUCACAAAAUUGUCACAAACGGGGCUGUUGUCACCAUGCAACCCAACUGGCCAAAGAUUUACUACGGGGAGACGAUCACUCUUAGGUGUGAGAUCCAGGGAGGAGAUGCUAUGUGGGAGUAUGAAUGGAUGACAACCAGCUAUUUUCAACUUCCAAACCAAAAUGAAUACAGGAUUAGUUCUGCUUCUUCAUCACACAGUGGAAACUACUGGUGUAAGGGCAGACUGAAAAGAGCACAACAGAACUCAACAGGUUGGAGUAUUUCCUUCGAAUUGAUAUCAUCUUAUGAUACACCUCAGCCUGAACUCGCUGUGUCUCCAUUGUGGCUGAGUCCUGGAGCCCCAGUAACUCUGAACUGCAGCGUUGAUUAUCCGUCUGCGGGAUGGAGGUUCUUCUGGUAUAGGGCUGUUCCCAAACUGUCAAACAUGUAUGUUCCUUACGGCAGAUAUGGCGGAGAAUUUGAUUGGAUGGGUUAUCUUGCCACUCAUAACUUCUACAACUAUGAACUGCUACCUGGUUGCACCAAUGGGACUGAACAAGAUUUCUACAUUGUUUACGGACAGAUGCACACCGCAGGAUAUGUGUGCAGAGCUGGAAGAGGAGACCCAGUGUUUUAUACUCCGUACAGUGAACCAAAGUUUGUUUGGUCUGGAGAUGUUCAUUCAUCAGCGUCUCUCACAGUGAGUCCUGACAGAGUGCAACACUUCACCGAUGACCACAUCUCACUGAGCUGUGAGGGAAACCUGACUAAUUGGAGAAUAAAGGGGUGUUCUCAGGGCCGCCCCUGCUCAUACUUAACAUACUGCUCCUCCUCGCGGAGAAUGUCUGGAUCCACUUGCAACAUAAACUCUCACCAACAUAGGCUCCAAGAUGCAGUGUACUGGUGUGAGUCUGGAUCAGGAGAGCUCAGCAAUGCAGUCAACAUCACAGUACAUUACGAUAUUAUCCUGGUGAGCCCUGUCCAUCCUGUGACUGAGGGAGAUUCUGUUACUCUUGGCUGCAAGUCGAAGGAAGGAACAUUAGACUUUAAUGCACAAUUCUAUCGAAAUAAUGAUCUCAUCCAAAGUGAUACCAAAGGGGAGCUGAAUAUCUCUGCAGUCUCAAAGUCAGACGAAGGCUUUUACAGGUGCCAGUCCUCAGGAAGAAUGUCACCGCAGAGCUGGAUGUCAGUGAAAUCGUCGGGCUCUUCAUUUUCUGUGCCGAUGAUCGCUGGGUUGGUUAGUGGCAUCAUAGUGGUUGUUCUCCUGCUGCUGGUACUGUUGAGUUGGUAUCAAAAGUCAAAAGAUGCAUGUUGUUGCAGACCCAUCCAGUCUCAGAAAACCAGUCAAAGCUCUGCUAACAUCCAAUCUGUCAACCAAGCUGAAAAUCAAGAGCAGCUAUACUCCUCUCUUCUCCACGGUGAUGUUUGCGUCUAUGAAACAGUCGCUGGCUCUGGAAACACUGGAAGCGGUGAGCGGGCAGAUGAAUUCAGAAAUGUCAUAUCUAAAAUUCAGCUCAAAGGUAAUGGAAAGAGGAGAAGACGUGAUGAAGCAGCAGAGAGCUCUGACUACGAUAAUGUGAAUUAAGUUUCAACAGCAGGUCUAUAAAGAGAAGUGCAUCAUCAGCGAAAUAUGAGAAACAUGGAAAACAACCAUCAUCUUUAAAUUACGUCUUGACAUCGUUUUUGCAACUGCUGCCAUUCAAACUCAGACACAGUGUUACAACUAAUUUCUGCCUAGUUUGCUUUUGUAUUUAUACUUAUUUUGUAAAUUAUUGUUGCAAUAACGUAUUCAUUGUAUAGCUUGGAUAUAUAGGUUAUGUCUGGUCUUUCUUGGUGUUAUUUGCAGCAAGAAUAAGUAUAUACCUAUAUAACUAAUAUAACUUUGUACCAAACUGCAAGUGUUGCUUCUACACUGAUAGGAUUUAUCAGCCACUUAGUGGCGUCCCGCAGUCAUGCUUUCAUUUCUUUUAUAAGUUCCUGUGGUCAGAUAUCUUUGCAUAUGCAUCUGUGAAGGCAUGAAUUAUUUAACUAUGUUGUAUUAUUUUACAUUAUUUAGUAAUGUAAAAAAACAAACUCAGUUUUAUUAAUCUGGGCAUAUAAUGUUCUCUUUAUUUAAAUAAGGCAACUAUGCUUGUUUCUGCUAUAAAAUGGUUAAAGUAUGCCCUCGUGAGUAUCAUUAUUACAUUGUGAGAUUCAUUGACAUGUUAAGCAUUGGUAAUCAGACCAUUAUUGUCAAAUAAAGGGAAUGCACACAUUUGAA